ACUUUUACGAGGCGGGGCCGCGUGUUUAUGGCGUACUUGCUCUAGCACUCACUCUCUCAGCAGCUGCCAUUGCUGUGGUGAAUGAAGGAAGGGGAGAGAGACACGGAGAAGGAGGGAGGGAGUGCGGGCGAAGAGGAAGAAGUAGAAGGAAACGGUAGCAGCCUCUGGAGGAGAUUAUUGUGAAGGGGCCUCAUAGCGGGCGGAGGAGAGAGAAAGACUGACAAGAAGUGGUUCUAUGGCUGCCAACGGUGUGGACCAGGACCUGGUCACCAGGAGACUAAACUCCAGGACACUUGCACACCAAGAGUUGGUCUCCUUUGGGAGAUUCUUCAGUUCUGUGUUGACGUUUGAUGGUCUCAGCUUCAGGAGCAGAGAGUCCACCUUUGGAGGUUUUAUGGAAGCAGAUGUGAUUCUUGGCCCUUCCCUGACUCUGUGUCGAAAUCUUCAGCUGGAGUUUGUCUGAAUUUGGAGCCGUUCUGCUAACGCUGUGGAUUCUUUUGGAGUUACUCAACAGACAAUAUGAACUUCAUAUGGACGUCAUGUGGUUGACAGAAAUUCCAUCCAUCUUGUUUAAACAGUAAUAUCAGCUCCUGGACCAAAUGUUACCAUGUCAGUGUUGUGUGUUCUAGUACACUGCUUCAGUGAAUUGCAUUUUCUUUGUUCAAGACUUUGAUUUGUUCGACAUCAUGGCAUCUGAGCACUGCCCUUUAACUGGGGCUGAGAGAGCCGUGUGUCGACUGGUCCACCACGGAGCACGACCUCAAGCCAUGCUCAGACCUUUACAGCUGGAGCUGCAAGUGUACGUGGACAAAAUAUGGAAAAAGCAAAAACACAGAAUGGAGGCCUCUUGCCUGGAGUUGGCCUUGGAAGGAGAGCGGCUGUGCAAGGCUGGAGAUUUCAAAGGUGGCACGGCGUUUUUUGAGGCAGCCGUGCAGGUGGGAACUGAAGACCUAAAGACCCUCAGUGCCAUCUACAGCCAGCUAGGCAAUGCUUACUUCUACCUCAAGGAGUACGGCAAGGCUCUGGAGUACCACAAACAUGACCUGACCUUGGCAAGAACUAUCGGAGACAGGAUCGGUGAAGGGAAAGCCAGUGGGAAUCUGGGAAACACAUUAAAAGUGUUGGGGCGCUUCGACGAGGCUGUUGUGUGCUGUCAGAGACAUCUGGACAUUUCCCAGGAGCAGGGAGACAAGGUUGGAGAGGCCAGGGCAUUGUACAAUAUUGGAAAUGUGUUCCAUGCAAAGGGCAAACAGCAGUUAUGGGGCUGUGCACAGGAACCAGGAGACCUGCCGGCUGAUGUCAGAGAGACGCUGCAGAGGGCCACUGGGUUUUAUGAGAUGAACCUGUGUUUGGUCAAAGAACUCGGAGAUCGAGCGGCACAGGGCAGAGCCUAUGGAAAUCUGGGCAACACACACUAUCUGCUGGGAAACUUUGUCGAAGCAAUAAAGUUCCACCGACAGAGGUUAUCCAUUGCCAAAGAAUUCGGGGACAAGGCUGCAGAACGCCGAGCCUACAGUAACCUAGGAAAUGCCCUGAUUUUCCUGGGACAGUUUAACACAGCCACUGAGUACUACAGAAAAACCUUACAGCUCUCCAGGCAGCUGAGGGACCAGGUGAUGGAGGCUCAGGCCUGUUACAGUCUGGGGAACACCUACACGCUCCUUCAGCAGUAUGAGAGGGCCAUAGACUACCACCUCAAACACCUGUGUAUUGCCCAGGAGCUCAAUGACAGAGUCGGUGAGGGCCGUGCCUGCUGGAGUCUGGGAAAUGCCUACGUGUCCUCAGCAAACCACAAGCAAGCUCUACACUACGCCCGGAAGCACCUGGACAUCUCCUCUCAGAUUGGAGACAGAAAUGGGGAACUGACGGCCAGAAUGAAUGUGGAACAGUUGAUGGAGGUUCUGGGGGUUCACGAGAGCGACCUGUCUUUAUCCAGUUCAGAGUUUGAACUUCAAGGAGCCAGACCCAAAUUCACCAAGAGAAACAGCAUGGACAGUGUGGAACUGUGGAAGUUCUCUUCAGACAAGAAUGGUGAGAACCAAGACCUGGAAAGCGUUCCGAGGAGAUCCAAGAGUCACCCGUCCCAGCCUGGGAAGAGGAAAGGCUACCCCGACAGUCAGUCGUCAGAUGAGAGACCCUGGUUGGACUCUCCCGUGGACACUGAUGACAUCACUGUGCAACUUCCACCUCCAGUGCCAAAGCUGGGCCGCGAUCCCUCCGAUGAAGACUGCUUCUUUGACCUCCUCAGCAAGUUUCAGAGCAGCCGCAUGGACGACCAGCGCUGCCACCUCGAUGACGCCCAGAACGGAGAGCACGGAGAAGGAGCCGGAAAUUCAGUGGGUCCUCUGAACGAGAAGAUCGAUCCUUCAAUUACCACAUCCCCUCAGACCGAAGAGCUGUUUGAUUUGAUUGCCAGCUCUCAGAGCCGUCGCCUCGACGACCAGAGGGUUAAUGUGGGGAACCUCCCCGGCCUGAGGAUCACCCAUAACAACCUGGGACACCUGGUGGGUGAGGGAGAUCAUCAGGAGCCCGGUGAUGACUUCUUCAACAUGCUCAUUAAGUGCCAGUCGUCCAGGAUCGACGACCAGCGGUGCUCCCCACCAGAGGGCGGCCCCCACGCUCCCACAGUGCCUGAUGAAGACUUCUUCAGUCUAAUCCAGCGAGUGCAGGCCAAACGCAUGGACGAGCAGCGUGUCCACCUGCCCACAGAGGACGAGGACGGAGACCAGUCCAGUCCAGAACCUGAAGCACCUGGAGGACUGUCCAGCUAGGACUCAGUGUGAGUGGGGGCAGAAAAAUAACUGAAACGACCCAAGGAUGAGCCACUUAAAAAAAAAAAAAAAAAAUUGAACAUACACAGAAAAAAAAUCAAAGUGCAAUAGGUGGCGCCCUUACAAAUUAAACUAUGUGUGGUAUUUUUUAAAUGUGUGAAAAUUCAACAGGACACCAGCAGGGUUACUGUUACGCUGGUUGGCUGUGAAGACUGGGUGAAGUCAUAACAAACAGUGACGUUAACAAAUGCCUUAAUCAGCGCUGGGGUCAGGUCUGGGUUCAGGGGUCACACAGAGGUCAUUAAGGAGACCAAAAAGAGGAGUUCAAAUAUAUGCAUUGACAUAAAAUCAAAGUGUCAGUUCAGUUUUUCAGACACAACAACGUUACCAGAGCUGCUGUUGUUCCGUCUCACAGUGUUAGAAACAGCCUGACAGAGUUGACCAGGCUGCUGUUGCUGUUGGACAGAGUCAAGGUACAGGCCAAAUCAGUCAGAGUCCACGUGAAACCAACUUUAACACAACAACACAGCCUGGAGUCACUGAGGGCCUCGGUGUAAUUGAAAAGAAGUAGCUGUUUAUUUUUAAAGACUGGGGUAAAUACAUUUCUGCCUGUUUUUUGUUUUCUGUUUUAUCUUUAGCUGCUGCCCGACUGUUACCAGACUUCGACUUAGUAUCAUGACAUCAAAUAACUUAGUAAUAAAACAGUGGCUGCAUUAAAGUUUUCUUAAGACCAUAGAGUGAACAGUAUUGACUCGUAUGCUCUGAGGUGCUGUUGCAGUGCCCCCGUGUGGCCAAAAUACUGAAACACUGCAGAGAAGUCCCAUUAGAAAGGUACCGAAAAUCAGAGUGUAAUGAAAAUAAGACUCAGACUUUUUUGGGGGUUAUUUCAAACUAACAUUAGUGCAUACCUCAUAUUUGUACCUCGUACGUUUUUAGGGAUGUCUGAGGGCUGAAUUGAGAACCAGUGGGUUGGGGUUUUUUUUUUUUUUUUAAGGGUUCUGUCGUCAUCUGUCUUUGAUACGCGACACAUUGGGAGCGACAUUCUAAAUAAUCUCUUUUCUCCUGUAUUUUGUGAAUUAACAUUUUUAGAAACUAAGUGGUACGCUUCUGUUUGUCUGUCGGCCAUGAUUUGUAUGUGUAAAUAUUUUGUAUUUAUGUUUCAUUUGAGGACGAGACACGUCCCUUCAUGCUUUUAAUAAAACAUGUCAGAUGUU